GUGGAUGGUUGGUUAUUGCUACUACUGGGGAUACGAAGUCACCGAGGACCUCGCCAAGGCAUUCGAGUGGUUCCGCAAGUCGGCCGAGCAAGGCAAGCUAUACGCACAAGAUUAUCUCGGCUAUUGCUACCAAUAUGGCUAUGGUGUCCCCGAGAACAUGGACACCGCUGUUGACUGGUAUCGCAAGUCCGCCGAUCAGGGGUUCCGAGAUGCCAUCGACAUUCUCAAGGAACUCGACAAGUCGCCCUGAUUCUCACUUUCCACUCCCGAACAACAAAAUCGUAACACUGAAAUGCAAUCAGAUCAGCCAUACAACCCAUCCCAGACACCAUGACACCAAUGAGUGAACUUGACAAGUGGUUCCGAUGAAGUAGCAAUGGCCGAGUGGUGUUGUAUUUGGCAUCCAAUACAUCCAAUACAUCCAAUACAUCCAAUACAUCCAAUACAUCCAAUACAUCCAAUACAUCCAAUACAUCCAAUACAUCCAAUACAUCCAAUACAUCCAAUA